GACUGAGGCUCCAUGCCCAGGUCUCCGGCCCCAGCCUCUGAACCUGCUGCCCACCUGGGAGCCCCUGCUCACUCUCUUGGGGCCACAGGGUCGCCUGGACAGCCUAGGCGGAGGUGGUGAUGUCACAGCUGCAGUGCCCUUGGCUGCGCUGCCGUUUCCACGUGGUUCUGUCCUGGUGACCGGGCCCAGGUUAUGACGACGAAUCCCAAGCCGAACAAGGCAUUGAAGGUCAAGAAGGAGGCGGGCGAGAACGCCCCGGUGCUCGGCGACGAUGAGCUGGUGUCCAUGUCAGUGCGGGAGCUGAACCAGCACCUGCGGGGGCUCACCAAAGAGGAGGUCACCCGGCUCAAGCAGCGCAGGCGCACGCUCAAGAACCGCGGGUACGCCGCCAGCUGCCGCAUCAAGCGCGUGACGCAGAAGGAGGAGCUGGAGCGGCAGCGCGUGGAGCUGCAGCAGGAGGUGGAGAAGCUGGCCCGGGAGAACAGCAGCAUGCGCCUGGAGCUCGAUGCCCUGCGCUCCAAGUACGAGGCCCUGCAGACCUUCGCACGCACUGUGGCUCGCGGGCCUGUCACGCCCACCAAGGUGGCCACCACCAGCGUCAUCACCAUCGUGAAGUCCGCCGAGCUCUCCUCCACCUCCGUGCCCUUCUCAGCUGCCUCCUAGUGCCCGCCGGGGCCGGGCGGGGGGGUGGGCAUCCGCACGGCCCUCGUGCCUGUCUUGGGCUCCCUGGCACUGACUCCUCACGUCCAUCUGCCCACUGAGAACUUUGUGGGGCCAAGGGCAGGGCCAGCAGGGAGAGGUGGUAGCUGCAAGGUGAAGGGAAGGCUCCCACGAGCCGGUGCCAUACACUGCCUCAUGCACACACUCACACCCCUUCCCUUCCUACAUGUGCGUUUUCAGGAGCUGGUGGGAGCCACAUGAGCCGCCAAGAGGAGCGACUUCAGGAGCCAGGUCUCUGUGGCAGUGUAUGGGGACACAUCUUCCACUCCGCCCAUGACCUGGGCCCCAGCCAGGACAGACACCAUGUUGCCCUUGCUGACCUCUGGCCUGGGCAUACGGGUGGUGGAAAAGGCCUGUUGGCAGCUCUGGCUCUCUCGUUGUCUGCCAAAGGGCACUAACCUGCUUUAGGUCCCGGGAGGCAGUUAUUGGUGGGGGUCGCCUGCAAUGACCAUCAUGGCCCCUGUGGACUAGGAGGAGCUGGCCAGAUGGUCACAUGGGAGGGCCUGUCCAGUACACGUGCACAGGGUUGCACUGUCAUGUAGUGUCCCUGCAGAGGAAGCUGCCCCCAGCAUGGUGCCAGAGCAAGCAGCCAUCCCAGGUCUUGGUGAGGCGGGCUCAGGAGUGGACCAUGGGAGUCCAGUUACUGGGGUUGCCUCUUGUUUGCUGUUGUCUGGGGAGGAGCAGGUGAGGUCAGAGGGAUGUGGAGGUGGCAGUUGAGGGUAUUGUGUGGAGUGGACUGGCUUGAGGAAGAUGGGUCGGUGAGGUAGGUGAGGGUGGGCUGGGAGUGUAGGGUGCCUAGGUCCCGGGACACGGGCGCUGACCGGAGGGUAGGUGUGGGCCACAGGGCCUUGCAGGCAGGUCAGUGCGAGGCUAACGGUGCAGGGAUACUCGUAACCUUGGUGCUUGUCACCUAAACCCCUGCCUGUUCCUCCUCUGUGGAGUUCUAGACCACUGGCCAUCUUGGGGACCCUUCCCGUGAAGGGCGGUAGCCGGGCGAGUGGAUAGUAUCCCUGAGACACUGCCUGGAGUGAGCUAGUCAAUGCAGGCACUGCCACUUGCCCGGAGCCAACAUGUGUGACAAGAGGGGCCGGUCCCCCUCGGCCUGCCCCCUCACCCACACCCCCAAGCCUGUGUUGUAGGGUGUGGCCAGGUCCGAAGGGGGCUGGAGGACAAACAGCCCCAAGGGCUGUGACUUAGUUCUGGUCUACUGUUCGAAACGAACAGAAGGAGUUGGGGGUCCCCUGUGGUGCUGCUGUGUGGCUGACUGUUCCUCAGGCCCUGGGGAGCGGUGAGGAGAGGGUGCAGGCCACAUCACACCACAGCCAGGCACUUAGAGGGCGCUGUAGAAACCAUAGCCAUGGUAGGUAAUCCAUAUUGGAUAUCAAUAAGGACCAUGGGAAUAUUUAAAGAAAGAGAGAAGGUAUAUAUAUGAGAUAUAUAUAUAUAUAUAUAUAUAAAAUUCUAUACACAUUUUAUCGUACAGAUUUUUUCAUAGCAAUUUUCUUUCCCAGUUUGAUACUGUAGAUCUUUAUUAGCAGAGUGGAUUGGACAGGAGUAGGGGGCUUUCUUCACUCCCUGCUUUCCACAAGCUGACCACUUGCCAUGGACAGAGGCCCAGGGGGUGCUGGUGGCCUCUUCUGGGUUUUCCCACUGUGGUGCUGGGCGGUUGGGGGUCACCUGUCGGUUCCAGCAGGCACCAUGUAUGAUCUUUGGGCCCCCAAGGCAAGCUGCAGUAGUGGUAGCCUUUUCUCGUCCAUUCCUGGGUCCCCAGUGUCCCCCUCCGUGGGGCGCAAAGGCAGGUAACUCCUACCAAUGGGUUGCUGCCCGCUCCUUGCCUGGUGUGCACGGCUGGGACUGGGGCUGGAGGGGCUCCCUAUCCUGGGCCGUCAGGCUGGGCGGAGCUGCCACUGCAGUCUGAGCUGCCCUCCUCCAGGGCGCCCGGCAGAGCAGGGCAGGAAGGGUGCGGGGUUGCUCUGUUCCUCCCUCCAUAUCACUGAAAUUUCACUGUCACAAUUUAAUAUAUGGAAUUUUUUUUUAUUUAAGAAAAAAAAAAAGACAAGGACCCCUGUCACAUGGGUUUGUUUUCUGUCAUGCCUCCUACUUCCCAAAGAAGGCAAGCGUUGCUUUUUCAAAGGUAGCGGGGACACAUGCCGGCCACGCCAAGGCCUAGCGUCCCUAGCCGCCUGCUCCUCAGCAGUUUCAUUUCAAUAUUUAUUUUUUUUUUUUGUGCUACUUUUCCCCAUGUUAUAAAUUAUUGAGAUCAUCUACUGUGGAUCCCCAUCUGUGCCCUACCCUGAUCAUGGCCACCACCUAAUUUAUUGCUGUACAUGUCGCUGCUGUGACUGCUUUUGUAUCUUUGCAAUAAAGAACUUGUUUUGAGAUGC